AUGGUUAUUGUGCGAAUGGCUGAUACUGAUCAGCUUGAUGGUGUCGCAAUGCAGCAGGAGCUGGGACGGUCUGCAGCCCGGACAUUACUCAAGAACGAGCCGAUUAUUCUGCAUUUUGACGGCCCGGGUCAUACUCGGAAAAUCGGUGGCCAAGAGCAGCUGACACAGCAACUUCUACGGAAAGUGGCUGCAAGAAUGCAUCUAUGGGUGACUCUAGUGAAAGAGGUUGUCCGUGCCGAGUUGCCGUGCUUUGAAAGUUUCCACUCCAUCACCACGCUGCUCCAGCUGGAUGAAGACCCUGGCGAUAUCCAGGAGGCAGCUGAUCGGAUGGCACAUGUGUUGAAUCUGCCAGUGGACUCUCUGAUGCAACUUGCAACUUUAACCACACAACUCUUCGAUGUCAAGCCUCUCGCAGCGGGCAUCCGAGCGCAGACCAAGAAGCCUGCACUGGAAUGCUGGGCGAGGGCUGUUUCCGAAGUGGCUCUUGAAGAAGAGACGCUCAUCAACCAAGCGCAGCAUGAAUGGGCAGCGGUAUAUGGCAACUGCCGAAAAGUUGCCACCUCAGCAAUUGGAGCCCUACCUUUGAAAUUUCAUGGAGAAUUGCUUUCAAAUCCUCUGAAAACUAAGUCUGCGAAAAGACUUUGUAUGCGACGAAAGAAGAAGAAAGUCCAAUCGCCGAUGCAGUGCGAGACUGUGUUCUUGAAGAAGCGCCGGCAGGCCGUGCAAGCUGCGGUAUCAUCCUCUGACGACAAGGUGCCCUCGCCACGAUGGAUGAAGCGACUGGCCGAAGACAUGUGGUCUGCUGAACACGAGCAAGAGCUCAGCUUCAACCGGCAGAAGCACCGCAAGAAGGCUAUCCUUGCUUUUCAAGCUGGCACCUACAAGCCGGAAUGCCCAAGAGAGAAAAGGAAACUUCAGAGUGAUGCCAUAGAGCACGAGAAAGCUGAAAAGAAACGACGAAAGGAACAUGUGAAGAAGAUUGCAGAGC